UGAGAUUCCGUCGUGUGGAAUAAAGUCCAGUUUUCCAACCUCUGGAGUCGAGUUUCAUCCUGCCACAAUAUUCAAAUGAGCUGCUUUUUAACACGCUGAGACGGGAAAGUGUUUCCACUCUUGAGGAUGGAUUCAGGAAAAACGGUCCACAGGAGAAACACGGACAUCCCUGCUAUCAGUCUGGUCAGUACUAAAAGGCUUGACCUCAGUAAGGUCAUUCGUCUUCUUGAGGAUCCUUUGACUACAACCUUUAAGGAGAAGCACCUUUUUGUCUUGAAGAAACUACUGAAGAGACACCAGGCCGGCUUUCUUUUGAGGGAGUUAAAAGGCAUAGCGCAAGUGCUCAACAUCUGUGCUGAGAAGGUGAAGGAACAUCCUGAAUUUGUUCCCAUUCUGUGUGAAGCACUUAAAAUCUGCGGGCUUCCCUUCCUGAAGGAGAGGGUGUCGGAUGAGUUGGACUAUGCUCAGGAUGCAACAGACUUCCUCUCUCACAUGGCGUAUCUGAUGAGGGUGUCGGACGCUGACGUGAAGCACCAUGUUGUUGAAUCUGUCAAGUCUUUCUUCAGCUGCAAGGCUCCAGCGCAGCUUCUCGAUGGGCUCCAGCCGACCUCUCGGGGCUUCAGGCUGCAGGUGCUGGAGCAAAGUGACCUGGGAAAAACGCUGCUCCUCUCCAUGGUCACCCUGGAGAACCAGCCCGGCAUCCGGCUGCAGCUCCUGGAGACACUUCAGAUUCUCUCCAGCUCGUCUGACUGCGCUUCCAUACUGCAAGGACGAGGAGCAGAGACGAUCUGCCUUCACAUGAUUGAACCUGAUCCGUCUGGUAAAGUUCUCUCCUACUCCUCUGAAAUCCUCUGUAACCUGCUGGAGAAAGGCCAACAGGAGGCCAGGGCCCAGCUCAGCAACACAGGCUGCAUCAUAUCUCUCCAGGUAGCAUUUCACAAGCUGCUGCUGAGCGCUUCCCAACCCUCCGAUCUCCAGCUCAGAAAUGAUUUACUCGUGAUCGCGACUCAUGUCGCUGAAGACUCCAACUCGCUGCUCACGGAAACUUUGUUUGCCAAACAUCUUGUGGAUUUGUUCACACGUAAAGAGCCGAAACCCCACAGCUCCUCGGCCCACAACUCCAAGGUCACAUGCAGCAACGAGGACUUGAAAAUGCAGAAGUUGCUGUUGAAUCUGCUGGUUUUCAUGUGCCGAGACGUCGAUGGCCUGCAGCUUUGUAAAGAAGAACAAGUCAUGACGGCGCUCCUGGAGCUCAUAAAGCCGCCCGGCGUCUCGUCAGAGCCCCCCCCAGGUUCCGGUCAUUGGUCCCCGGUCCAGCAGGAGAAGCUGCAGCUGCAGGCGCUCGCCACCCUCGCCAGCAUCGCCCCCCUCAUGCUGGACGACUACAAGUCCAGUCAGGGAAACACGUGCCUGCUGCUCCUGCUAGACUGGUGUGUCAGAACAGAUGAUGACUUGGUCCUCGGCCCUGGAGGCGGCGGCGGGAGGACGGCUCUGAUGCAGUACUGCAUCCGAGUCCUGAGAGCCGUAACAUCUCAGCGUGAGGAGUCUGUAAACCGGGAUCUGAGAAAUCAGGGAGUCAUCCACCAGCUGCUGGGGAUUCUGAUGCAGAUGGAGGCGAGGUCUGAGGAGGACGACGCUGUGACUGUGGAGACCAUGUCAGAUAUUCAGAUGAUCCUGUUAGAGCUGUGUGCGACCGACAGAAAGGACCUGUUUGGGUCAACGGGGGCCGACAUGGCCCUUCACUUCCUCAGGAAAGGCUCCGGAAAGUUCUACAGCGGUCUGGGUCACAACAAGCUCAUCCUCUCCACCAUCAACUGCGUGUGGUCGUGUAUUGUGGACUGCUAUAUGACAGAAGACUAUUUCUUGGCUAAAGAAGGAGCAUUUCUUCUUCUUGACUUACUUGGUACGAGCCCCAGAUGUGUGCAGAGCACCGUGCUCUCCAUCCUGCUGGAUCUAUGUGACAACCCAAAAGCUCUGCCUCACAUCAUGAGCUGGAGGGAUGCCAGCGGUCAGACGGCCGCCGGAGUCCUGCUGCAGCUGUGGAGGGAGGAGGAGGAGGAGCUGGGUGUAGGAAGGGACCAUCGUGGGAGGAUCGCAGAUCCCCAGAUGCCGAUCUCCCGGCCUUUCCACAGGGACGACGGCGGCUUGUCACUUCCUGCAAACGUGCAGAAUGCAGCCGUGCUGGAAGUGUCGGAGAAGAUUCGAGCAAAGAUUUACUCCAUCCUCUGCAGUCUAGGAUUUCAGGAGCUUCCUGAUUUGUCAGCAGAAGACUUUGUGACUCUGAGCAUCGUCAAGCGAUAUUUGGACUUCAAGGUCGGGGAGGUCUGGGACGAGAUCCGACAGGAACUGGUUCUGGAGGGAGUCAGGCCCGUCAGCCCCGACGAGGAGGCCCUGAGGUCCAUCUGCAGGAUUUCAGAGGACACAGCAAAGAGAGUCAUGGAGGAACAGAGCAGCAUCCUGGAGCAGCAGCAGCAGAAGGAGCUCAGCGACGAGAUGCUCGAGUACACAAAGAUGAAGUUUCGCCAGAAGCCAGAAGAGCUUGCAGCAAAGUCCUGGAAGCAUUUUCUGUCCAAGAGUUCAAACUACAAAUUCCUGAAGGAAGAAAAAGCUCAGAGGGAGAAAUAUCUUAAACCAAUCAGAUCCGAACUGGAGCAAGAGGACGCUUCCCUCUAUCCUGCAGAGGUGCUUCACACUCACACAUCUUUAAUUCAGUCGUUAACACUGUUUACACCCAAACUGACGUACGAGUCAGGAGCAGCAUCCAGACGGCUGUCUGCAAUUUUUGGGGCAGAUCCUGGCAAUGGAGCAAACGGGAUCCCCGGGGCCCGCAGGGUUGAAGGUGACGCCGGGCAGAACUCCAAUCAGGGCCGGACCUGCAGCACUCGGGCCAGAACACCUCAGCACGGUCAGAAACUGAUGCUGCCAAGGCAUCAGUAUGUGGUUCGCAUUCGCUUCAAGCUUUCUUCAUGA